CGGGAGACCCAGUUGGGCGGGGCACACGGCCGAGGCUUUGUUCUUUGGACGCAGCGCACGACGGUGGGAGGAAGCGUUAAGCGGAGGGAGUGCCGCCAUAUAAAAGCCUCCGCGCGCGCUCCCUUCGGCCAUUCUGGGGUCUGUUUAAAGGUUUCCUUUGAUCUUGAGACACCGUUGAACAUCGUGAAACAAAGAAAAAUUGCCCCACAGUUGAGCCUCUGAGACGACACAAAAAAGCCAUCUACAUUUCUGAUCGUCUGUAUUGGGAAGCUGUUAAAAUUCUUUAUGAUCUGAAGGAGAACAACUGCCACUAAAAACAUAAAACCAAAAUUAAUAUUUAGCAACAACUUUCCCUGAUGUUUUUUUAUCAAACAACUUUUUAUUACAAAAAGUUGAUUUUUUUUUUAAAAUGAGCAAAACCAAAUUCAUUUUUUUUCUUUAAAAACACAGCUUAAUCCAAAAAAGCUAAACCUUGAGGCGCUGUCGAGGACAAAAUUAAUUGGAUAUGCUGAGAAAGUGCCAGAAUGACAGCUCUGGAGACUGAGGUCCUCUUCACCAAAGCAGGCUGAGCCCAAGUUUCAUCAGUGCCAAGUUUUCCUCAACAGUGUAUUGCUGUCUUGCAUGUGGAAGGCCAUGUUGUGGGGUGAAAGGGGAGUUCAGUCUCCAAAGCCCACCUCAUUUGGUCUUUCCAUUCCUGGGUGAACUCAUGAUACAGAACUUCAAUAGCCAUUCUUCAGAACUGGACUGAAGCCACACAAGGACUCUACAAGUCACCGCAGGCUGGUAACAACUUUACAGUCCCACUCUACUAUCGUCUGUACCUGGAGAGUAUUUUCUUCCAUAUGAAAAUACAACACGAUAUUGAUUUCUUCUGGUCGUGGACUUUUUAAAAUUACUAUAUCCAAAACAUAGGAAUACACUUGGACUGGGCCCUCCUGCUUUGGGGGAAAAUAAUUUCUACACAAUACCUAACCUACAUGGCUUUGGAAAAGUAGGAUAUUUGCUUAGUCCAUUUUACUAUACUAAAAGAACUGAAGAUGCUUUCUGUGGAAAACAAAGAAGACUGCUCCAUUGACUUGGUUAUUGCUUCUACCACAGAGAUGCCGUUCCUUAGUGCUGUGGAAAGUUUUUUUAAAAAAAAAUAUUUGGCAUAUUAAUGGGGAAGGCCAAAGCUUAGCAUACUUAAUUUUGCAAAAGUGGUGUGCUGCAAGAUUACAUAUAAUAAUAGAUUAUUUCAUUAAGGUACAUUUAUUGUGCCUCAUUUUGAAUUCAAAACAAUACUCCUGGGCAAAUUUAUUUAAGGUGGACAGUUUACACUGCAUCAGACUUCUAAGAACUUAAUCAUAUGCACCUGAUCAUGCUGUCUACAUACUUCUAAAAGCAAUUCAGUAAUGCAAUUGCAAGCCCAUUACCAAACAUGUCCAAACCUAACAAUCCCAGUAGAGCUACCAUAAUUUCAGGAACUACACCUUUAGUGCAAGGGGCGAUACUGCUCCGUUUACCAUGAAAUUCAUAAAACUAUCACCACAGUGCAGGCCUUAUUUACACAGAGCUUAAUAAAUUGAUGAAAGGCAGCCAGUAUGUUUUCACACCUUAAAAAGGUUUAGAUGAACCACUUUUGGAAUUAAAAGGCUGCUUUAGGGUAUAGUUAGAAGUUAAAAUUAAGGGCCAAUGCUUUUGAGUAGCUGUCAGCCAUGCCUAGGCCAAAUGUUACUUGAGCAGAUAAACCUAAAUUUCUUACAUAAUUUUACAUAUUUAAAAUUCUGUUCCUUGACUAUAUAUAUACCUUAAGCUCUGAACAAAAGGUCAAGUACAUUCAACACAAAUUUAUUACACAUUUUUCGAUACUACCAUCUUAGUUCGUCUUUCAAACACAAUGUUCUUUAUCCCAAGAAUUGUGGCAGGUUUCUGAACUAUGUAGUAGAGUCUUGCACAGAAAGCCAUAUUAAACACAACUUUCUGAGCACAAACAACAAACCCUGUGAUUAAGAGCACUUGACUACAAUUUGCAGAUCAGCGAAUUGAUUCCCACUGCACCAAGACCUGAAGGCAAAAGGAAACCGUACCAUGUAUAUCGGGGUGCUUGAAAUACUUUUCAUUUGAAUUACUAUUGGCAGUCAUUUACUGAGCAAGUACAGCGAAUCCAAUAGAAUCAAAUGGUUUUAUAGAGGCCACCAGUGUAGGGUAGUACAAAUCUUAACAGAAACAAAGGAUUUUAUUAUGCUUUUAUCAAUUAGAUAUCAGACAAAUGAGACCCGUAAACUAGAGUUCCACUGGGAUAGUUCAUCAUUUGUAACACUAGUGUUAUGUGUUUUUGGCUCGUAUUUGUAUGCAAUCAUCUGUUAAAAAACAAAUAGUGUGGAUGUGGAGAAAUACUAUUAAUUAUAUUAAGAAAGAAGAACAUAGUCUUGGAUAUUUUAGCAGGGAAUAAAUUAAACUGAAUUCAGUGAGACUUUGUGAAUACAUUUGCAUUGAGAAAUCCCUAUCAAUUAUCUACCUUGGACUGGCUAUUUUAAGCUGAAGACACAAUAGAAAUUCUGGGAAUAGGAGAAACAGUAUAUCCUUUUUGGAAAAUAAGGCAGAUGGGCAGUGCUCUGGAAUUUGGACUGAAUAGAAUUUGCAAACAUGGGUUCUAGACCCAUAGAUCCAAAAGAGCUACUAAAGGGACUGGAUUGUUUCCUUGGCAAAGAUGGAGAAGUCAAAACUCAUGAAGGCAUCACUAAAAUUUUUAAUUUAAUGAAAGAUGCGCAGAAGAUGGUCAGUCGUUGCAUUUACUUGAAUAUUCUGUUGCAGACCCGAGCACCGGAUAUACUCUCAAAAUUCAUCAAAGUUGGUGGCUAUAAACUCCUUAACACCUGGCUAACAAACUCGAAAGCAUCCAGUAACGUACCCCUCCUCCAGCAGAUCCUACUCACACUCCAACACUUACCUCUGACUGUGGAUCAUCUGAAACAAAACAAUACUGCCAAAUUGGUGAAGCAGCUCAGCAAAUCAAGUGACGACGAAGAGCUUCGUCGACUGGCUUCCAUACUGGUGAGCGACUGGAUGGGUGUGAUCCGCUCUCAGAGUAGCUCCCAGCCUACAGAACGAGAAAAGAAAAAACGAAAGGAAGAAAACAAAAACAAAGCACCUUCUGUUCAGGAGAAACCUCAGGAAACCAAAUCGGAAGUGAAGCCCGAGGAGACUCCUGAAAAGAAGAAAGAAAAACCAAAAUCUCUCCGCACCACAGCACCUAGCCAUGCCAAAUUUCGUUCCACAGGUUUGGAAAUGGAAACCCCCUCACUUAUUCCUGUGAAAAAGAACAUAAAUACUUCAGUGACCUCUGAUAAAUAUAGUUUCAAGCCAAUACCGCUGAAAAGACAGAUCGUAAACUCAAUGACAGAUAACCCACCUGUUGAGAAGAAAUACAAACCCCUCAACACUACGCCCAAUACUACCAAGGAAAUUAAAGUGAAGAUCAUCCCCGCACAGCCUAUGGAAGGACUGGGCUUUUUGGAUGCCCUAAACUCUGCCCCUGUCCCAGAAAUCAAGAUUAAGAAGAAAAAGAAAGUCCUGUCUCCAACUGCAGCUAAGCCAAGUCCUUUCGAAGGGAAGCCAGUCCCAGAGACUGUUGCUGCCAAGCCACCUUCACCAGAGCUGAACCCAGCUUCAGAGCCAAUGGAUGUGGAUCGACCUGGUACCCCUGUGCCAGCCGUUGAGGUGCCCGAACCUAUGGAAACAAAUUCCUCUGAGCAUGGAGGUUUAUUGGAUUCAAAGCCAACCGAGAGCCCAGCUGAUUCAACCCAGUUGACAAAGAAGGGCAAAAAGAAGAAAACAGUGAGCUGGCCUGAGGAGAAUAAACUGCGGGAGUAUUUCUACUUUGAAUUGGAUGAGACGGAAAGAGUUAAUGUAAAUAAGAUCAAAGACUUUGGUGAGGCUGCCAAGCGAGAAAUAAUGUUGGAUCGCCAUGCCUUCGAGACAGCCCGUCGGCUUAGCCAUGAUGCGAUGGAAGAGAAGGUCCCCUGGGUCUAUCCAAAGCCCAUUGAUUUGCCCGCUCCACUGGUUCAGCCAGGAAGUGGCAGUCGGGAGAAGUUCACUCAAGCUGAGCGCGAGAAAGGCAUUUUACAGGAAAUCUUUCUCUCGAAAGAGAGUGUUCCUGACAGCCCUCAUGAGCCAGACCCAGAGUCCUAUGAGCCAGUGCCACCCAAGCUGAUUCCUUUAGAUGAGGAAUGCUCCAUGGAUGAGGCCACCUACGAUGAAAGACUCGACCCAUCUGCCUCGCAGUCUCCGGACGGAGCUGGGGGCUCCAAGCUCCCCCCGGUCCUGGCCAACCUCAUGGGCAGCAUGGGGGCAGGCAAGAAUCCGCAGGGCCCCAACCCCAGCUCUUCCAUCAACAUGCAAGAGAUUCUCACCUCCAUCAUGGGUGGCUCAAACAAUCAUAAAACAGAGGAGUUGAUGAAGCAGCCUGAUUAUUCUGACAAGAUUAAGCACUUGCUUGGCAAUUUGCAGGGCCAGCCUGGACCAGGUCCUUCAGCAGGAGUCCCACAUGGGCUCCUUGGACCAGGACCUGGCCCGGUCCCCAAUGGAUUCCCGCCAGGGCCCAAAAAUAUGCAACACUUCCCUCCUGGAGGGCCAGGACCUAUGCCUGGACCCCAUGGAGGCCCAGGCGGUCCUAACAUGCCCCCAGGCCCUGGGGUGCCCAAUGGACCGCGGAUGAUGGGUCCACCUCCUCCCCAGUGUAAUGAUGGAUACUGGGAUCCUCCCGAUGGUGGCAUGCGUGGUGGGCCCCACGGAAGCAUGAGAGGUGGCAGUCCUGGCCCGGGACCCGGACCCGGCCCUUUCCAUCGUGGCCGUGGUGGCAGAGGUGGAGAGCCUCCUUUCCGAGGGCGAGGCGGACGGAGUGGUGGUCCCCCCAAUGGUAGGGGGGGCCCUCCCAACAACAGCAUGGGCGGUGGCCAUGGAGGGGGACACGGCAGCAGUGGACAUGGAGGGGGACAUGGUGGUGGCCACGGAGGUCACGGAGGAGGGGGCCACCCAGGGGACCACGGCAGGGGACAUCCAGGCGGUCAUCCAGGGGACCACAGCCGGGGACAUCCAGGCGGUCAUCCAGGGGACCACGGCCGGGGAUAUCCAGGGGACCACGGCAGGGGACAUCCAGGGGACCAUGGCAGAGGUCACCCAGGGGACCACGGCUGGGGGCACGGAGGCGGCCACGGUGGAGAUAGGUCAAAGCGUCCCGUAUGUCGCCACUUCACUAUGAAAGGCAGCUGCAGAUACGAAAACAACUGUGCCUUCUACCAUCCCGGAGUGAAUGGGCCACCCUUGCCCUAGCAUAAGGAGCCUGCGUCCUCCUCACCCAUUCUGACUGUGGCAUCGGGUGCACAUUCCCUCCCAUUGACCUUGAACUCAGCCUGGCGCUCCGAUUUCUGACUGAUGCUGCACCUGCUUGUUAUGGCUUCUGUGAGGCCCUUUAAAUGCUUGGAGCAAGGGAAUGUGACUAACUUCCUCCUUCGGCAUUUGCUGCUGCUACUGAUGAACUGCCACACACACCCUCGAGAGAGAAACUGUUGGGAGGCAUCUUCCCCGUCUCCAGCUGGGGAGGUGAAGCAACCAAUGACUUUGAAAGCACAAGAGACUUGAAAGAUGUUUUUUUGUUUUUUGUUUUUAUUUUAAAGCAAUUUAUGUAAAUAUACCUGUGGAACCAGCAAAGGAAGGGGAUAUUCUUGCUCACAGCCUUGAUUUGACUGGGCAGUGUUGCUUCAACUUCCCAGGAACCAGACUGGUACUGAUGAAUUGCUUUGGUCUGGAGGAAGACCUGGCAUCGGCAGGAAAACCGUCCUUUUAGGAACAUGCGCGUGAGGCAGGGGAGAGGGUGCAGCAACUGCUUGUGGAUUGUUCUGGGAGAUCCGAAGGCUGGAAAUCUAUUGCUCCUGCCUAAAAAGCCCAAUGGGAGAACGGGGAAUUCCAGCAGCCGCCACUUGCACAAUACCCUCUUGAACCAGGAUGUCCCUUUGUAAAAUACCCCUUUGCAGUGCCCUGUUGACUGCACAGAUGUGGUUUCCCUUGGUGCUAAGUCUGCCAUUGGGGGAAACCUACAAACUGUUUUCUGUGAAAACUAAAUCUGGAGACUAAUGGUUUAGGGGGUAAACUUUUGUUUUCCUGAUUUACACUGUUGGUUGUGGGUUUUUUUUAAAAAAACGGUCUCAUGAGAUGUGGACUCUCAACAUCUUUCAUCUCCCCUCAUCCUGAAGUGGGUGCAGCAAACCCUUCUCCUGAGGGGGAACAAAAUGUCUUGCUCUAAGUUUUGUAUAUUUUGUACAUUAGUAAUAAACAUGGUGAAAAAAAGAAAUAUCUAAUUUAA